AUGUUUCAUAUUGAUUUAUCAGAAGUGAAUGGUCUAAAUACAGCUGAAACAUGAUUUCGGCAAAUGAGGAUUAGUGUUAAAUGAUAAAUUUUUAAUCUUUGGGUGAAUUUGGUAAUUUAAAGUCUCAGUUGUCUAAGGGGAAUACUGACAAGCGCAAGCUUAAAGAAAUGAAGCUCUUUUAUGUUGCACUAAAUAGCAUUUGUUUAUUAUUAUUUUUGCUCCUGACUUCAUUAGUAAUGAUGUGGGGAUAUUUUUGCGGUAUUAAGAUGUUUACACAUAGAGACCAUGCCAUGAGGAAAGAAAUUGCUUUUGACAAAGAUAUACUAUCUGACUUUAUUUUCAAAUCGAAAAUUCAUUUACUCUACGUUAAAGAGAGAGUCAAAAAAUUUAAUGAAAUGAAUGAAGAGAAUUUGAAAAAUUUAGAAAAAUCCGUACAAAGUUUAGAAUUGAAUAUAGAAGGGGUGAAAGGAAAAAAUAAAACAUCAUGUUUUAAAUUGUUUGAAAAUCAAACUUGCGGGGAAUGGAUGGAUCAGAGAUUGAAAAUGUGCGCUUACCUUAAACCUUCUUAUGACAAAAUAACCUGGAAUUACGUACAGCUAAAGGAUAAAAUCAUCGACCCGAUUUUCCCAAGGAGCAAAGAGAUACUAGACCAAUUCGAAGAUUUCCAAAAUGAUUUCAACAAGGCGAUCGAGAUUUAUAAAAUGAAAGAAUUAAAAUGUGAAGCCCUUUUUCUACACAACUCCUGCACCCUCAGAAAUGACAAGUGGGUCUAUGGACAGUUUAAGAAUAUCACUUCUCAACACACAAACCUCUCAGCUGCAAUUUCAUCAAUCAACAACGUCUCAAUUAUAUUUACAAAAUUUGUGGAAAUGUUUGAAACUUUAAUGUGGCAUGACUUUCGUCAUGCGGCCGACAGUUAUCUCACUUGUUUAAACAAAAUUUAACAUUAAAAUAACAUUUCAUUUUAUUAUACAAUACAAUGUCUAGUUUUAAAUUUAAAAGUUUGUAUGUCAAACCAGUUGCUUAACAAUAUAAAAUCUACAACCAAUGUUUUACUUUACCUUUAUGUCUUACUUAUUUUACAACAACAAAUGUUAUAGUUUAUAUUAAAAAAAAGUAUGGUCAUAUAGAAUAGAAAACUAAUUCUUUAUUGACUAGGUUUUGGUAGCUACAGUACUCUUAGGUCUUCGUUCAAUUGGAAGGGACAACACCAAGGUCAGCAUAGUCGCUACUCCACCCAGGUGAUUGUAGAGACUACCAAAAAACCAUUAAACAUGGAGCAUUCCUGUGCAGUUGACAUUCAACGAUGAUGGAAAGACUGCAAGGUUCCGGAAAAGUGCCAGAUCAGCUUUUGUACCCAGGGAAACCAGCAAAUAUUUAUUUCUCUGGGACGGUAUGGUGAGUCUUUUGUUGGCCUACCUUACACCAAUCCACAUGAGGUAUUGAGAAGAAAUUAAAAAAAAAAAGUUGAAUUGCAAAUUUCUGGUUGAAAAGUCGUAGUCUUGGUGGAUAGAGUUAUAACCAUGCCUACUGGAGGACCUACACUACAGUUCUAAAGCCACUACAAACUGUACAAGGAGAGGAUGAAUAUUCUGGGUACAAAACCCAUCAGGGUGUGAAACUGUGAGGUUCAGUGUUGAUUUCUUCUUCAUUCGUGGAGUACUGUAGUAGUAGCUACAAACUAUUUAAUAUAUUAAAUUUAAAAUUUAUUGAAUUAGAAAAUAAUUUGCAUGAAGUCUCUGGCAAUGUGCAGUUGUGCCUAUAAAUUUUUC